AUGCCGAUCCCGGUUAUUGACUUGUCAAAGCUCAACGGUGAAGAGCGAGCGAAAACAAUGGCUCAGAUAGCAAAUGGAUGUGAAGAAUGGGGAUUCUUUCAGUUGGUGAAUCAUGGGAUCCCGGUGGAGCUUCUUUCAAAGGUGAAAAGAGUAAGCUCCGAAUGCUUUAAGUUGGAGCGGGAAGAAAAUUUUUACAAGAGCUCAACAACUGUAAAACAGUUGAAGGAGUUAAUUGACAAGAAAAACGGAGAAAAACUAGAAAACGUCGAUUGGGAAGAUGUCUUUCUUCUCUCAGACGAUAACGAAUGGCCAACAAACACUCCUGGAUUCAAGGAAACCAUGUUGGAAUACCGAAAAGAACUGAAGAAACUGGCAGAGAAGUUGAUGGAAGUGAUGGAUGAAAACCUGGGGAUACCAAAAGGGUACAUUAAGAAGGCAUUUAACGACGGAGAAGAAGAAAAGGCAUUUUUUGGGACGAAAGUGAGCCAUUAUCCACCUUGUCCUCAUCCCGAGAUGGUGAAUGGGCUACGGGCUCACACUGACGCUGGAGGGAUCGUCCUGCUUUUCCAGGACGACGAGGUUGAAGGUCUCGAGAUUCUGAAAGACGGUAAAUGGAUUGAUGUUCAACCCAUUCCCAAUUCUAUUGUCAUUAAUACCGGUGAUCAGAUAGAAGUACUAAGUAAUGGAAAAUACAAGAGUGUUUGGCAUCGGGUUAAUGCUAAGCCCAACCAAACAAGGAGAUCAAUUGCUUCCUUCUAUAAUCCCUCAUUUGACGCAACCAUAGCCCCUGCGCCACAACUAGUUGGAGAAGGAAAUAACGGAGAAGCUCACGGUGAACAAGGUUACCCACAGUUCGUGUUUGGUGAUUAUAUGUCUAUAUACACCGAACAGAAGUUUCUUCCAAAAGAACCAAGGUUUCAAGCCGUGAGGGCCGCCUAA